GUAUGAAUAAUUUUGAGGACUACUGUACAUGUACGCCGAUUUUGACUCCACUAAAUACUGUAGCUUCGAUUCCGUAUCAGUUGAAUAUAGUGUUCAUCAUGUCUUCAUCUUGCUCGUGUUUCUGCAUCAGUUUCCUCCAGAAAUCUCGAGUCUUUUCAACAGUUCUAAUUAUAGUUUUGUUCACCGCUAACGAAGCAUUUAUGACAGCCGUCGUUCCUGUGGCUCCAGAGGUCUUGCUCCAUCUUUGCUACACAACGGUGUACCGCACUGUGUGUCAGAAUGUAACAAAGACGGGACUAUUCACCCUCUCUGAUUGCCUGACAUAUCAACAGACCCAUUAUUCCAACAAUCCUCAGGAUUUCACGUUCACAAAUGUUAGCAAAUCGAAUGCCGACUCCAUCCUCGAUCUCUUACAAGACUGUCAUGAACGGCUCAGCUUCCAGAAUGGGUUACUUCUGGCGACAAAGUUCCUGAUGAGGAUAUUGCUGACUGCCCCUGCGAGUUGGCUCAUCGACAAAGUCGGAAUAUUUUGGCCGUUUUUCUUUAGUACACUCUUGGCAUUGAUCGCCUGCUUGAGAUUUCUCGGCGGAAUUCAUGCGAUUUUAGGUUGA